CCCCCAUCCCCCCCCCCCCCACCCCUGUCCGGCCAUGGGGACCAACCUGGGCCCUGGCGGGGGUCUCCAGGGCAACCCCUCUUGGGCAUCCCCCGCUCAGGCCGGCCCUGGGGGCUGGGGACCCCCCCAGAAGAGGAGGCCCGAGGAGAUGCAGGACCGACUCCACAUCCUGGAAGACCUCAACAUGCUCUACAUCCGGCAGAUCGCCCUCAGCCUCGAGGACACGGACCUGCAGCGGAAGCUGGAGCACGAGAUUCGGAUGCGGGAAGGGGCCUGCAAACUUCUGGCCGCCUCUUCCCGGCGGGAGCAGCGGCUGGAGGUCACCAAGAACCUCCUGGUCUGCAGCAGUCGCAUCCUCAGCUACAUGGGCGAGCUGCAGCGGCGCAAGGAGGCCCAGGUGCUGGGGAGGACGGCCCCACGCCCCUCGCACGCGGGACCCGCGGAAGGACGCGUCCCCUGCCGCGGCCGAGUCUGCGUGUCGGAUCUCCGGAUCCCCCUCAUGUGGAAGGACACGGAGUAUUUCAAGAACAAGGGAGACCCCCGCCGCUGGGCCGUGUUCCUGCUGUUGCGGCUGGGCGAGCAGAUCCAGGACACGGAGAUGGUGAUGGUGGACCGCACCCUCACGGACAUCUCCUUCCAGAGCAGCGGGCUCUUCGCGGAGGCGGGCCCCGACUUCGAGCUGCGGCUGGAGCUGUACGGGGCGUCGGUGGAAGAGGAGGGGGCCCUGUCCGCGGCCCCCCGGCGACUGGCCACCCGGCUGACCAGCUCCCUGGGCCGCUCCUCGGGGAGGCGCGUCCGGGCGGCCGUGGACGGCGCCGCCGGGGGAACCGGCCCCAUCCUGCUGCCCGCCCCGGCCGCCGGAGGUCCUCGCUACCACCUACUCGCCCAAACCGUCCUCACCCUGGCCGAGGUGCGGGACGGGUUUCGUACCCACGACCUGACCCUGACCAGCACCGAGGAGAGCCCGGCGUGGCUGCCCCUGUACGGGAGCGUCUGCUGUCGCCUUGCGGCCCAGCCCCUCUGCAUGACUCGGCCCACCAGGAGCGGCCACCUCACGGUGCAGCAACCAGAUGGCGGUCAGCGGCGGAGCUGGGGCCGGCUGUACGGCGUCCUGCGGGGGACGAGACUCUCCUGUUACCGUCGUCCCGAGGAGGCCGAGAGCGGGAAGGACCCGGUGCUCACCAUUCCCAUCAAUAAGGAGACCCGCAUCCGGACCGGGGAGCGGGCCGGGGGCCCGGGCGGCCCGCGCUGGCUGAGCAUCAGCAACCGCUGCGCGGGAGGCGACGUCACCUACGUCCUCCGGGCCCACAAGGAGGAGGAGGAGGAGGAGGAGGAAGAGGAAGGCCGGGCCGCCCUGCAGCCCUGGAUGGAGGCCUUCUGGCAGCUCUUCCAUGACAUGAGCCAGUGGAGACAGUGCUGUGACGAGCUGAUGAGGAUCGAGGCGCCCGCCCCGCGCAAGCCGCCCGUCCCGCUGCCCAAGCAGGGCUCCUUGUACCACGAGAUGGCCAUCGAGCCCCUGGACGACAUUGCGGCGGUGACGGACAUCCUGGCGCAGCGCGAGGGCCCGCGGCGGGCGGACCUGCCCGCGGCCUGGCUGGCGCUGUUGGAUCCGGGGGGCCGCCCUCCCCGCAGCUCGUCCCUGGCGCCCCCCGGCUCGGGCCCGCCGCCCUGGGGCCGGCCCCGCACGCUCUCGCUGGACGACGCCUCCCGGGGCCGCCCCCCGGCCUCCCGGCCUCAGCGGCCCCCGCCUCCUCGCGGCCCGCCCGGCCUCCGCGAGAAACUGGGGCCCGGGCCCCGGCUGCAGUCCCCGGUGUGAGGGGGGUGGG